AUACCAAUAUCAUUAUCGCGCCUUUCCUUUCCUUCUUUUUUUUUUUUUUUUUUAUUUUACUUUAAUUGAAUUUUUCUUCUUAAAAUUAAACGAAUUGAUCAAAAUCGUUUCUUUCUCUAGAUUCUUAGCUCUUUGUUUGGCAACUUAGAAAGUGAAUAUGGAUUUCCAAUUUUUAAUCAAAUAGCAAAAUUGAAAAUUUGCAAUACUUUAUUUAUUUUUUUUAUAGGUGUUUAGGGUUUGUCUAUUUUCGCUUUCUCUCUCUUUCUCGGUUGUUUUGACUUGAGCUUUUGGUUUUGCUUCAAUCGUCGUUUGAUAUCUGCCAAUUUGUGAAUUGUGAUCAAUCUUUGUUUUGUUGGGAUCACACACAUAUAUAGAGAGAGGGUUAUAGAUGAUAGAGGAAGUGCAGCUGGAGGCAGUGGGUGCAGGGAAUCCGAGCGACUCUGAUCCUCUGCUGGAAAACAAGGCUGAUUCAUCAUCGCCGCCACCGGGAAGUUCGAGUGAGAUUAACAAUGAAGAAGAUACUGAGAAUGGUUCUAUUCCUUGUUGCCGCAUUUGUCUCGAGAGCGAUUGCGAACUAGGCGAUGAAUUAAUAUCUCCAUGCAUGUGCAAAGGCACCCAGCAGUUUGUUCAUCGUUCAUGCCUUGAUCAUUGGCGCUCAGUUAAGGAAGGAUUUGCUUUCUCUCACUGCACAACGUGCAAGGCCCAAUUUCAUCUUAGAGUUGCAUUGUUUGAGGACAGCUCAAGGCGAAAAGUAAAAUUCAGACUUUUUGUGACGAGGGAUGUUGUCAUUGUAUUUCUGGCUGUGCAAACUGUGAUUGCUGCAAUGGGUGGCUUUGCAUACCUUAUGGAUAAAGAUGGCACCUUUAGGAAUUCAUUCAGUGAUGGUUGGGAUCGAAUCUUGUCAAAACAUCCUAUACCAUUUUACUAUUGUAUAGGGGUACUAGCGUUCUUUGUGCUGCUUGGGUUUUUUGGCCUCAUACUACAUUGCUCCUCCCUCAAUAGUAAUGAUCCACAGAUGGCCGGUUGCCAGAACUGCUGUUAUGGAUGGGGAAUUCUGGAUUGCUUUCCUGCUUCUAUGGAGGCAUGCUUUGCCUUGGUUUUGGUUUUUGUUAUUAUCUUUGCCAUUCUAGGCAUAGCUUAUGGUUUCCUUGCUGCGACCAUGGCCAUUCAGAAGAUCUGGCAGAGACACUACCACAUCCUUGCUAAGAGGGAGUUAACAAAGGAAUACAUAGUAGAGGAUCUCCAUGGCUGCUAUACACCGCCAAAGUUGGAUUCAGAACAUGAAGAACGUCUGAAAGUGCUUAAGCUUUUAUAACGAUGGGUGGGUUUGUGAAGUUGUAAGACAUAUUCCUAUGUCCAUCUAAUUAGUCAGGUUUUUAAAGCUUCAUAAUGUUCCUUUCCGAGGUAAAGAAGCUGCAUUUUGUAUUUGUUUUGCAAGUUUAUCUAACAGAGCAAGGAUAAAAUAAAGUAUAUUCUCAUUUUUCUGUGAA